AUAUUGCUGUCCAAAGCACUUAAAAGGACGCCUCCAUUUUCUCUGGUUCAACUGAGGUUACAGUUAAACGGUAGGUCGAACCGGCACGGGGAUUGUGAGAAGUAAUGUCUCGUUACAGGGAAUGGGAUCCUUCAUGCAAAGUGUAUGUUGGAAAUUUAGGAAGCAGUGCUUCUAAAUACGAAAUUGAAUCUGCGUUCAGCAAGUACGGCCCUUUGAGAGACGUGUGGGUUGCAAGAAAUCCACCAGGCUUUGCAUUCGUAGAGUUCGAGGAUGCGAGGGACGCCGAGGAUGCUGUUAGAGGAUUGGAUGGCAUGAGGAUGUGUGGAACACGUGUGAGAGUUGAAAUGUCCACCGGCGGUAGUCGACGACCAGUAAACUCUGGCCGAAGGCGCUCAAGAUCACGGACGCCACGCAGACGCUCUCACAGCCGCUCAAGAUCCCGCAGCCGCACUCCAAGGCGCUCUCGUUCGGAUUCAAGAGAUAGAAGAUGAACUGAACGUAAUUAAUCCAUUCUUCUUGAAGAGACAAUGUUCACUUCAUGAUUUUAAGCUUACUUUACAACACAACCAUCAUUUGACAAGCAUCUCAGUGACAUUACUGAAACAGUUUUCUUUUUUUUCUUUUUUUUUCCUCCGUAAGUAAUGUUUUAUGUACUCUGGGUUCUAUAUAAUAUUAUAGCAUAUAACAUCUAGGCUGCUGCUUGCAUAUGUUGUGAGACCAGUGUGGUAUUAAUAUCUAGUAUUGUAGAUUUAUAUUAUUAUUCUACAGACGUGACAGUUAUCAGCAAUACUGCACAUUCUAUGAACUUUUGAUCAUAAUUUACUUGAUUUUUGUAGUGAGACGAGAGAGGUCUUUGUCUAGAGAAUCCUUUUUCUGUUGUAAGUUCUUUUUAUAUGGUAGUGAUCCCAAUGGCUAAGUGUAGUGUGCCCUGACUUUUGUAGUAUUAUUACAAAGGAGAUAAAUAUGUUUUUAAUGGCAUUAACUUUAUGUAGUAUUAGUGAUCAUACAUAAUGGAUAAAAAUGUGUAAACCGUCACAUUACAACUGAUUUUAGCUGGAUCAUACUUGUGUUUUUGCUAUAAUUUUAAUUAAAUUCUAUACCAUUGGACAGUUUAGGCUUUUGUGGAUAAUUCAGAGAACAGUUUUGCACGAGAUGUUAUGCCAAACAGGAAGCAAUCAAACAUGUCAGUAAAUUACACACAUUCCUUAUAAAUUUUGUUUGUGUAUGAAAGUAAUGGUCUUCAAAUAAAUGUCCUGACCAAAAUUGCCUGUAGAA